AUCUCCUCUCUCUCGCUAGUCUUCAGCUGCGCCUCUGAUGUCUCUCCAGUCUUGCCUAAGUCGCCGUCUCCUCUCCUUUCUCCCUCGAUCUCGCAGGUCGCGCCCUUGCCUUGCUUGAUCGGCCUUCAAUCAGCCCACUAGCUAGAUCCUGUCUCAAGUCUCGUUUGCAACGUGUGAUGGCUCUAGCCACUAACACCUCAGGAAUGGAGUUUGAGGUAUUCCUGAGUUUCAGGGGACUAGAUACUCGAGAUAACUUUACUAGUUGCCUCUAUUAUGACAUGGUGGAGAAAGAAAUCCGUGUCUUCAAAGACGAUAAAGAGCUCUCGGUCAGUCAAAAGAUUGAGGGAGGGCUUUUGCGAGCCCUAAACGACUCUCAAAUCUAUAUCCCCAUCUUCUCUAAGGGCUUCGCUUCCAGUCCAUGGUGUCUUCGUGAGGUUGCGCAUAUGGUAGAUUGCACUUCAAAAUCAGUUGGGAAAAAGGAGAUCCUCCCUAUCUUCUUUGACGUGGAGAUAGAUGAUGUAAAACUUAAAACCAAAUUGUACAGAGCUGCCCUCUCCGAGCAUGAGAAGAAUUACGACUCACGUGAAGUAAAACGCUGGGGAGAUGCUCUCGUUGAGGUUCCGACAAGAGUAGGUUGGAAGCUUGAAGGAAAAGGGUAUGGUGAACUUAUAAAACUAAUUGUUCGAGAGGUUCUGCUUAAGCUGAAGGGGAAGAAUAGAACUCUUCCUGACCAUCUAGUUGAAAUGAAUGAUGUAGAAUAUAUAGAGGAACUGCUGGAUAGUAACUCUGAUGACCAUGUACGUUUCAUUAUAAUCCAUGGGACGGGUGGUAUUGGCAAAUCAACUCUUGCUAGUGUUAUCUUCAACCGACUCCGGUCUAAAUUUGAUUAUUGUAGUUUCCUUGAAGAUGUCCAAAGUCAUCGUCUUUUAGACAUGCAAAAGAAACUACUAUCCGAAACAUUGGGCUCGAACUCUACUCAAGAAAUGUAUGACACCAACGACGGGAUCGAUCGCAUAACAAGAGGACUUGGCAAAGCAAAAGUUCUGGUUGUUGUCGACAAUGUGGACGAGAAGAAGCAACUUGAGAACUUGGUAGGAAGCUAUGAUUGGUUUGAGAGUGGAAGUAGGAUCAUUGUCACACUUAGGGACAUAAGGAUAAUACGAAAUAAAGACAACCAAAGGCAACCUAGCUAUUACAUGGAUUACUCAGUAAAGGAGAUGCCCUUUGAUUUAGCGAUUCAGCUUUUUAGUAAGCAUGCUUUUAGAAGUGAUACUCCUCCAGAAGAUUGCUACAAAUUCUCAGAAAAAGUCGUUUCAAGCGUAGGAAGGCUUCCUUUGACUUUGGAAGUCGUAGGUUCCCUUUUCGCCUCCACAGCCAGAUCGGAAUGGGAUGAGACAUUGGAGGACUUAAAGCAAGCCCCAUGUACAGACGUUCGACAAACAUUGAUGAUAAGUAUCAACAAAUUGGAUGAUAUAGAAAAAGCCAUAUUUCUAGACAUAGCAUGUUUUUGCAUCCGGGAGAAAAAGACUUAUGCAGACUACAUGUGGCGUAAUAGUGGCUAUUCUUCACGCAGCGUGAUUGAUGUUCUUCUGCUCAUGUCAUUGAUAAAGAUCGAUGAGGACAAUAGAUUUUGGAUGCAUGAUGAAGUUCGAGAUCUAGGAAGGUACAUUGUCAAAAAAGACAAUGUUGAAGAUGCUGGAAAGCGCAUUUGGGUGUCGAUUGAUGAGAAUACUUUAGACAUACUGAGAAGCAACGAGGAAAAACAAGUUGUACGAGCACUCAGUAUAGGUAUUAGUCAUGACUUAACACCUGGAGAAUUAUCCCGUCUGCCACAGCUGAGGUUCCUUGGAGGGCGGAGAAUGAAUUUCGUAGGCAACUUCAAUAAUCUUCUUCGUAAUCUGAGAUGGCUGUCUUGGCAUCAUUGCCCAUUCAAUCUUUCAGCCGUGAAUCUUCACCUGGUGAAUUUGGUCGUGCUUGACCUUUCGAGAAGCAACAUCACCCACAAUUGGGGUGGAUGGAGGCAAAUCAAGAAGGCGAAAAAGUUGAAAGUUCUAGAUUUAACGGGAUGCAAGAGGUUAACCAAGACACCCAAUUUUUCCAAGUUUGGCAAGUUGGAGAAAUUGAUUCUCACUUGGUGUGUGAGAUUCGCUACGAUUGACAAGUCAAUCAAUAAGCUAAGACAACUAAGGACUUUAGAUAUCAAGGGGUGCCAUUCCCUUCAAGGGUUGCCCAAGGAAAUCGGUUCUCUAGAAUGCUUGUCGGAGAUUAUCGUGCCCCAAACUACCGAGUCAUCCUUAUCCGAAUUGUUCAAGCUUCCUGAGACACUGGGCAAUCUAAAAUCUUUGAUGAGGUUUCAAACUUUGAAUAACUAUAGCAUCCACCAACUUCCUUACUCUAUUGGAAAGUUAACAAAUCUUACAUGUUUGUGGUUGACUGAUUGCUAUAAUCUAAUAGAGCUUCCAGACUCUAUUGGGGAAUUAGAAUCAUUGGUUGAGUUAAAUAUAAGGAAUUCAAACAUCAGUGUUCUCCCUGAUUCCAUUGGAAAUCUAAAGAGACUAAAAGUCUUAAAUGUGGCAUCCACAGAGAUACACACGAUACCUUGUGCGCUCGAAAGGGUGGAGACACUCGAAGAGCUCAAUGCCUCGUCGCUGGCUUCUCCCGUUGCCAAAGCUUCCCUUGAGCUUGAAAUGUCUAGUGGUUGA